AUGGCAAGUAUCAUAAGUGGGUUGGUCAAUUUUGGAAUUCCUCUUGUUAAGAAUCUUGUGAAGUCGUUUGCGGGAGCGUUAGGCGAGGAGGAUUCUCUUGAAGGACAAUUUGUACGGUCGCAGGCUCUUGGAUCUUCGAAUAGCCACAGUGCUCUCUACUCGUCACAAGUAGCAAAAUUUUAUAGCACACCAUUCAAAGAUAUUGAUGAGUUCAAUGGAAUCCAAGACGAAGCAGUAAAGCAGUGGAUGAAUGAAAUGACUUCAAAGCAACUUGACUUUGCACUUCCGAUGAUCAAAAACAUGUUCCCAUACACGUUUACUGUCACAAGACAAUACAAAUAUAUGUACUGUCCUGGUGGAACAAAAGAUGUCGAACAAAUGGACAAUAUUCAGUACUUUGGCCCAGAAGAUGUCCCACAGUGCGUCAUAGAUGGGUCAUUCAUCAAAGAUCUUGUCGAAAAGAAGCUUUCAAAACAUGCGUAUUGCUUUGUCCCUAUAAUAACAAUGAAGACGUCACAAGGAAGUGAUCCCUACUCAUUCACCAAUGUAAUAUGGUCAGACCACGCAUUUAAUGGAACAAAACACAGUGUUGAAGACCUCCUGAAGAUCAAUAACAUCACAAACACAAGCAACAAUGGGCAGACAAAUUAUGCAUCUCUCUGGCAAGAGCAAGUUCGUGCCACUCUCCAUCACUCUUGCUCCCUAUGUCAAACACAAUUUCUGCCUUUUUCUCGUGAAAGGCUAUUUCAAUUUGAUUCAACACAACACAUGCAAAUCGAUUGCUUCAAAGUCAAACACGUCUUCAAAACGCGUUUGUGCAUAUUUAAAGAUGCUGUCAGAAGCUUUAAUCUGGAAAGUUGUAUACUGUUGAUUGCACUUUUGACACUCAGUAAUGGCCUCCAUUUCAUCGCAUUUGUCUCCGCUCUCAAUUGCUUUCUUUAA